GAAAUGCAGUGCAGCUAAGGUAUUCACAGUCGUAGUAAUCAUAAACCUCCUGAAAAUUACUUGACAAUAGAAUUCAGAAACCCUAAUACCAGUAAAAUCAUGGAGAUCGAUUCAAUUGAACAAAUUAACCUCCAAAUCAAAGACGAAGACCUCUUCAAAGCAGCAGAGACCGGCGAUUCUUCACUGUUCAAAUCACUCUCACCACAAAACCUUACCAAAUAUCUUCUCUCCCUUCAAAACGACGACGCUCGCUCCUUACUCCACGUCGCCGCAUCUUUCGGUCAACUCGAGGUGGUAAAAGUACUGUUAGAUGGUGUCGAUGAUGAAUCAAAAAGUGUAGUAAGUAAAAAAGAUGAAGAAGGGUGGACUCCGCUUCACUCUGCAACCAGCAUUGGUAAUCUUGAAAUUGUUGAGAUUUUGUUAGCUAAAGGAGCUGAUGUGAAUGCGAAAACGGGCGCUGGUCGCACUGCUCUUCAUUAUGCUGCUAGCAAAGGGAGAUUGGAAAUUGCUCAAGUCUUGAUAUCGCAUGGCGCGGAUAUUAAUUCCAUGGAUAAGGUUGGUGUUACCCCAUUACAUCGGGCUGCUAGCACAGGGAACGGUCAAUUUUGUGAGCUUUUAAUUGAGGAAGGAGCUGAGGUUGAUGCGCUAGAUAAAAUUGGUCAAACUCCUUUGAUGGUUGCUGUCAUUUGUCAUGAUAAAGAGGUUGCUCUCCUCCUUAUAAGGCAUGGAGCAGAUGUGGAUGUGGAAGACAAGGAAGGCUACACGGUGCUCGGUCGAGCUUCUAAUGAUAUUAGGCCAUUACUGAUUGAUGCUGCUAAGGCUAUGCUUGAAGGAUGAUUCCAAACUUUAACUAGGUUAGAUUGUAAUGAAAGUCUAGUGCCAAAGAUUGUGCUUCACUUAUCCAUAUCGAAUUGACUGAAUUUCUAUAA